GGAUACCGAAAACAAAAACAUAUGUAUCAUGGAAUUUCCAAAACAAAGCUUAUGUUUUUAAUACAUAUUUAGAACAGAAAGUCUACAUAAUUUGGAAUUAAGAAUGUCUAGUUCUGAUACAGACGAUGAUAACCACUGUAAAUUUUUGGAGGCAGUUGAUACCAAUUUUAUUAACGAUGGGAUGUUCCAGAGUGCUGCCGCUAACGUGAAAGUUGAGGAUGUGAUCAAGGGAGAUCCUAAAGUGAUUACAAAGUCCAAUCGCUUUCUCGGCGAAGGAGAAAAUGUUUUCCAGAGCGACAUAAAUGUUACAGAGUCUAUGAAGAAAUAUAUUGGUAAAAAAUUAUCAACACUUAUUGAACAACAAUUCGAGUUUGUAGAAGCAAACGAUAAUGAAAAUAUACAGUGCCACAGUUCCUCUGAACAUGGAGGAAUAAGACUUUUCAAGGAUUGCAAUGAAUUUUUGAAAAUCACUGUCGAGGAUACAGAUGAACUAAAUGUGAAGAAAAAGCAAAGGAAAAUUUCGAAACGUUUGACUGAGAAUGAUGAAUUUGAUGAAAGAAUGAAACUAAAAUUGGCAGCAGUUGAGCCAAGUUACAUCCAUGCGUCAACAAAAUGCUGGUCGAAUCGCCCAAAGUCAGAAUUAUACGAAUACAGCAACAAGGGCAACUGCUUUGUUCAGAAGACACCCAGUAACGAGUUCUCCGAACGAAGAGUAGAAAACAAUUGGAACGAGGCGAUGAUAGUUAAUUUUCGGAAAACAAUGACUCGAAAACGGAAAACAAAAUGUUCGCUCCUGGAUUGAAAAUUGCAUCAUCUAGCAGCUUACUGUACGUUUCCUUGACUUCAUCCAUCAGUCUUUCGGCAUAAUACGAAUGCUUACUUCGAGAUCGAAUCUUCGCUUCUAGGCUUUGAUGGAGUGCCGGGUGCGAAGCGGAUCUACCUAACGACGAUUGGGAUUCAGCUAUUUUUCCCAACUGCAUCAAAAACAUUAUGCAUUCGUCCAAAAUCGGUGGAAACGCCUCUGCAAUCCGGACAAUGCAAGGUAAUACGGCUGAAAAUACCUCAAUACGCGCGUCACUGGAGAGAACUGAAACGGUGGAAAUUGGUUCAAUAAAUAAAUUUUUUUUCUGAAUAUAUACCACGGCAUAACUUCUUAGGGUAGAUGUACCGGUAAUAGUGGGUCUAAGCAUUAGUGCUAUAAAAAACUAAAAUCUUGAUAUUUAUUUUGUAAAUUUGCUUGAGGAUUUGUAUGUGUAUGAUGUAAAAAUGAAUAAAUUUUCAU